CUUGACCUUGUAAACAAGCGCAUCUUUUGAGUCUCAGCGCGUGGUUGGCCAAUGCUGAAAUUCGGCAUCGCUAAUUCUACUGAUGACUUUGAAAUAGUAACAAAAGUCCCAAAGCUUUCGCGUAAAAGACCUGAAACUGUGAUUAAAAGUGCAAAGACCGGGAAGAAAAAAUGCACAAAAAAGGCUAAGGAAGAAGAUCAAGUUUUGAAACCUGCGUGGACGGAUGACGAUGAUAUUACUCCACAAAUAUCAAUUCGGUGUGUUUGGUUCUGUUAACUCAUUUUAUAGGCCUCCACGAGCCUUAGACGUGUUUGCAAAAAUAGAUCAGCUUAAAAACGUGAAAUCAGUUGGCUCAGAUGAUGAAGGGAAUUGCAUUUACUCUCGGAAAUCUGCUGCAUGUGAUGAGAAAAGCUCUAAAAUACUCUCUUACGGAAAAGAAAUAGGCGUUAAGAGACUUAGUGAUGUCAAUCGUGAGAGAAGGUCAAUGGCUUCAAUCGUAUCAACUGAGUUCAAUACACACCACCGUAUGCUUUUAACUGCAAGCGUAGAUAGUACUAUGGCUUUUUUCAAGGUGAUAUUGAUUUACUAUAGGUGUUCUAUAACCUUUGAAACCGCAUCCAACUGUUUUGUUUUAAAUGUAUUAAUGUUUAUCAACUGACUCAGUGUUCAUUCAUACUUAAAUUGUUAGUUACAGCGGGGUUUAUCCUGACUUUCUUUGGCAGGUUUUACCCAAGUCUUGGUGACUAUCGUGCUAAUAUCGAUACGUAACUUGUGCAGCUUCACUGGAUUGUUUUUACUGAGGAUAUUUUUAUGCUAGUCCGAUUAUUUAAGGUUUGAAUAAUUUUUUCUGGUUAGCGUUUUUUAGCGAGUUGGCCUUCUACGGGAUGGAGUCGCUAACCCCAUGCCCAUCCCUCCUUCUUUAUCCGGGCUUGGGACCGGCAGUAGCCCUCGGAGGGACUCCAGGCGGAGUUUACGUAAUACGUUGAGAACUUCACCUUUCAAUGAAACGGUGAAUUACUGGUUUUCAAACCUAAACCAUCUACUCUAGUCCAAACAGCUGGUUGAUAUGAUUAAGCCUCAGAAAAAGCAGUGACUCAAAUUCUGGUUUGAAAUCUGUAUUUCGGGUUAUAAGGUAAUGAUCACUUUUCAUGUUUUAACUCCUUUGAUGUUACCAAGUUGAAGUCAUUCAAGUUCAGUUAUCGAUAGUAGACUCAUUCUUUGUAAUACCUCAUUGACCUUUUGAAUACUUUACCAAUGUUGAAAGUUUUGUUUAAGUCCUAUUCAAAGUAUAGAGUAUCAUCAUAUGACUGAAAAAUAUACAUAGGAUGAACCAAAUUGUCUAUUUCGUGCUGAAAUUAUAAGUGUAAAUUGGGAUUGCUUUUGAGGUUAAACAUCACUUCUAAUUUUCGUAUGUGUAUAGUUUGUUUUACAGAAACAAACUUAACCUCUGUCGAAAUAAUAAGCAUAUAUCACAGUUCCAAAAGUUAGAUUCAUUUUCUUUUGACUCGUUUGCCAAACCAAUUACUGUGUAUUUGAUAUGUCGCUAGUAAAAGUAAAUGUAACUCACCAACGAGCGUGAACUGAUAGACAUUCAGGUCACUGUCUGUUAAUUAUGCGAUUUGGUUGCUACAGAUUUCUGCUUUGAAUUCACUGAAUAUAGACCACCUAUAAUUGUGUUGAAUGAAGCACUUUCUAGUCUAUACUGGUUCCCUGUUUCGGUUUGGGCACCCGGGCAGUACCACAACCCUCACACAUAUCAAAUGAGAUCUGUGUGACGCAUAUCUAUUUGUGGCCUCAUUGUACCAAUAUUUAUGUGGUAAAAUAAAUAAAUACUGGUUCCCUAUUAUUGGUUGUGAACCGCAUAUCUGGCGUAACGUGACUCGUCUGUGUAUAGUAUAGCGACCGAGUACAAUCUCAAUCACCGGUCCCAUUAUCGUAACAAAAAAUAAUUUUUCCCUCCGUUGCAUCAUUCAUUAUCAAAUGGAUUAAUAGACUUAUUACAUAAGUCCACACUCUUCUAGAGAAUCUGCAGAGAUUAUCUGUGCAGCUCUCGUAGAAAUAUUUGGGAGACAUGUCAUAGAGUAACAUCUUAUCGUUUCGGAGAUUCGAGUAGACCAAUGUGUGAUUGAUGGAGAUUCAGGCACCCACUUGGUUUCAUAGUCACUGUAUACCUGGGAAUAUUUAAUCAAAAAGGAACAUCGACAUCGGUUUUGUGGCAAACAUCAUCAAGACAAUCAUUUCAAAACGUUUCGAUUUCGUUGUAAGAAUCUACAUUUUAUUCUUUUAGUUUCACAGCCUACUCAUGUGUAGGUGGAUAUACAUUUUUUGAGUAGUUUUGAGACGCUUUUCUUAAUCCGAGGUAAGCUUUUUCAGCUCGUCAGAUUCAAAGUCUGCGUCCUUAUCUUUUCAUGCCUUUGGAACUUCGCAUUGAUUAUCGAGUUCCAGUUUUGAAUACUGCGAAUAUUUAUGAUAAAUCUUGUAAAAGUUAUUUUCAGUAAUUUUGUCGGUUACAUUAUCAAUGUUGCUGUACCUUAUGGUGGUCUUGUUUGAUUAUGGUUUAACUACACAUUAGGGCUAGGGGAUAUCUCGUACUUCCAAAUUCUAAGUGGUUGCUCUCACCUUGACCUAAUGGUUAAAGCAGUAUAUCGUAUUCAUCGAUUACUGAAAUUACAUAAUCCUGUGAAGUUUAAUUAUCAUUUAUAUUAUGUCCUGUUGAAAUAUAGGUUGAUGGCUCGGAAAAUGCACUACUGCGUGAUCGUGUGUAUGAAAACUUUUCUCUUUCCUCAGCUAAGUUUACAGCUUACGGUGAUAAAGUUAUUUUUACCGGGAAUGUUGGCUCGUUUCGUAUUUAUAAUUUAGAAACUGGAAAUGAAAGUCGUGCAAGACGAUUUAUUGGUUCAUCAACAGACGAAACAAUCACUAAAUGUUUUAUUUCACCAGUUCAUCCAAAUUUGGUAGCCCUGGGAACCAAUGGAAGUGCUGUGUAUCUGGCCGAUUUACGAAGUUUAGAAAAAAUUUCAGUUAUGAGAGCAAGUGGUAUAACCAAUUCAAUUUGUUUCACUCAAGAUGGAACAUUUUUGAAUACUUAUGGGGCUGAAGGUUCUAUCUAUGUAUUUGAUCUACGAGUUAAUAAAGCUAGAAUUAUUCAUCGUUGGUUUGAUCAAGCCAGUACAAAUGGUUUAUCUAUCUCUUCUUCACCUAAUUCACAAUGGAUUGCUUGUGGGGCAGAUAGCGGUUAUGUAAAUGUUUACAAAUGGUCAUCUACAAUGAAUACAGAGAAUCCACUACCUGAUAAAGCUAUUGGUAAUUUAGUUACCGGUGUUAAUUCGCUUUGCUUUCAUCCCUCUAAUGAAAUUCUUUGUCUGGCUUCUUCACAACGUCCGGAUGCUGUUCGACUUGUAUGUUUUCCUAAUAGCUGUCAUAUUUGGAUAAUUUAUUAAAGUGUCAUGUGGCGGUUAAAACUUUUGACUUUCACGGACUAAGUUUCAAGUUCAAACUCCGCUUUACCUAUUUCGGCUUUGGCAACCGAGUGGUAUCAGUAGCCUGCACACUUUGAGUAUGGCUCAUUCUCAAACACCUGACGAAUAGGUUAAUCAAUUAUCCGGAUUAAUUUUUUUAUUCAAAUCAUUACAUAAGUUCUCAGUGAAGCUGACAGAGUAUACACCUAUAUUUUUAGACGGAAACCCCACAGAAUACGUGUGUUUUAUAAGAGUCUUAGUGAUGUAUCUGUCUAAUAAAGAGUUAACUGACGAAUCAAAGUUAAUGUAUUUGUUAAAACAAUAGACAGGGGUUGUUUCCAGUGCGAUUCAAUAUUGUGAAUUAUUACUAUCAUUUGAAGGUCAGAAGGGUACUUCGACUGGUUUUGGAAGGUCAACAGAAAUUUUUGAGAUGAUGAAAAUAAAUGGUCGUUAAAUUAAAAUGUACUCUUAGGAUCUUAUGGCCUUCCUCGUUGUCUGUCAGUGUACGGUAACAAUUUGAUCUGGUUCAUAAAUUUAUUCCCAUGUCAGUGGUUGUUAAAGCACUUAUUAUGAUCCCUUUUUCCCAAAAACUUGUGGGUAAGCACCUGUCUACUACUUAUAAAACUAGUGUGUUCUGCCUGAUCUCCGUCAAAAAAAUAUAGGCGUAUAUUUUCGGAGUUUAAACCAUAUCCUAUCCUGAUAAAUUAACAUAUCUGAUGGAUUCUCAACCUCUCUCAUAUAAUACAGUCUCUUGUUCAAUCAUGGCGAAGUUAUUAUUGUUAUGGAAUGAACGGAUUCUGAUUCAGUUAGAAAAAUGUUAGUGGUAAUAAUACAUAUGCUUCAUUGAGAGAAAUACUGACGUAUUUUUUGUUGAUUAUUAGGCACCGACAAUAACUUACCCCUUAAAAUCACAUAUAAGCUUAUAAUCUAAAACAUUGAUUUCUGGUUCGUCAGUGUCUUAUGUAAACUUUAAAUGUCAUUAAAUUCAGUGUAUAACACUAUCUAAUUGAACAAAUGCAUACAUUGCUACUAACUUUACCAUGUUAUUACAGCAUCUUUCCGAAUUAAGAAAUCACCUAUAUCCAUAUAAAUCAUCCCUAAUCUAUGCAUGUAAAACUAAUUUUGAAGUGUAUCUUUUAGUUGUAUUAUUGUCUCCUUACAUUUUUGAGUUUCAAGUGGCUUGUGGGUGCCUAAAGUUUAGAAGUUAAUUCAAACACCAAUGUUUGAUUAUAGGCAUGAAAAUGUCCUAUUUCUCUCUUCCUUUGGGGCGAUAAAAUGCGGUUUACAUAUUGCCGGUUAAACUAAUGUUUCAGUUGAUCAGUGACCUUUGAAAUACUACCUAAUUCAGACUUUAACACGUUCUGAUAUUUUAAAAUUUAUUUUCAUUCAUAUUUAUAAUGGUAGGCUUUCAUGUAGCUUAUAGAUGUGCUUGAUGUUUAAUAGUAGAUUUCUAUCAUCUUUAAUAUUCACAUAGAUAAUCGUUAAUAAGGUCGAAUGUUGAAUUGUAUCCACUAUUCUCUGCUUGUUAAUAUUAUCUAUCGUAUUCGAUUUAAUGACCACAGCAAAUGUUGGACAUCGAAAUGCUUCCUUAAUAUAUCAUCUUUUCUUGGAAUAUUUCUUUCGAUUAUCUUUAAUCUUAAAUUUCUCAUCACAAUUUUAUGUAGUUGACAGUUGAACUAGUCAUUAUGUAAAAUUCCAUCAAUUUAGCCUUGUUGAGACAUGUCACCCUAAUGUUAGUAGGAAAAUAUACUUAAAACUAUCGAAUAAUAGUAGUAACGUUUUGUAAUGAAUUCUAAUUCCUUAGAUGUCUACCAUUCACUGAACAGUGGUUGAAUUAGAAUCGAAUUAAUGAUGGGGUCAAUUUCAAAAGCUAGUUGAUUACUAUCUUGUGUUAAUCGAGGUUUUUUUAAACCUUCAUCAUCACUUGUGUUAUUAAAUUAAAAGUGGUUGAUUAUUUUGUAUAACGAGAUUUUGUUAAGACUAGUUUAGUUAGGGUAUAAUGCAUUUGAAUAUAGACAUUCAGUGAUCAACCUUUUCUUUAUCUCUUAAUAGCUUCAUAUCGAUUUCGCCAUUUUUCUUCCUGUUUAAUUUCUUUUUGUGCAUAUUUAUUUUCAGUAUGAUGUAAACGAAAGUAUAAUCUUUGAAAACUUUCCCGCUCGUGUUGGUACUUUAAACAAACCCACAUCAAUUGGAUUUAGUCCUGGUGGGCGAUUUCUUUGUGUUGGACAAUGUAAUGGUCGCGCUGCUCUUUACGCUUUGAGUCAUUACAACGACUAUUGAUCUGAAUCAGUCACCAUUGUACAUAGGUACUUUCUAUUUGAUUUUGUUCUCAAGAUUUGUGUACACAUUAAAUUGUUUAAAAUAAAAUUAAGUUCGAUGA